AUGUCCUUUCCUAACGCCAUACAUGCCGUCAAGCCUUCUUUAAAACCUGCUCUGCCCAAGUUCAAUCCGGCGCGUCUAAAAACACCGUCCCCAUUCCCGCAGCGACCGCUUUCGCCCAACCGAUUUACUCUCCCAAAGGGCGAGAAGCAAGUCUUUCUGCCCAACUUCGUCCUCGCCCUAAUCCGCCCCUCCCCUUUCCUCCCAGCCAAUUAUGCUUCCUUCAUGGUGCCACUCUGGCUCAACAAGCUCGAUUUGAAAGACUAUCUCUACAAUCUCUACAACCUCCGCGUCCUCAGCGUUCGCUCUUACGUCAUUCAGAGCAAGAUCAGCGAAAAGGGGGUUCGAGGCCAGCGACGAUGGUAUCGCCCGCAAUCACGUAAGAAGAUGACGGUAGAAUUGGCGAGGAAGGAAGGAAACAGUACCGAGAGCGGUCUGGGCCAGGGACCCUUCCUAUGGCCCAAGAUACCCAUGGAUAAGAGUCCCUGGGGAAAGGAUGGCCUGGAGGCUAAGCUGAUGAAGGUAGAGGACGCGUGGAGGGACAGGGAAGGGAGGAGCAAAAAGUGGCCGAAGGAUUUUGGGAGCUUGAGGAGGAAAGCGCAGAAGCUGUUAAGGGAAAAUGCAGGGAGAACGACGGAAGUGGAGGACGGGUUUGAAGAACAGGAGGGGAUGGGGCAGAUCAAAGCGGGAGCUUAA